AUGAUUUCUUCCACACUCCUCCUCGCGUUUUGCGCGUCGGCUAUAGUAAGGGCUUCACCUCCCGCCAGAGACUGCAAGGCGUUCCCAGGCAGUCCGGGGUGGCCUUCAAGCCUUGAAUGGUCACGGCUGAACGAGACGGUCGACGGGAGGCUCCUCGUGCCUCUGCCUCCCGGCGGCGUCUGCCACGAGGGGCAGCCUAACUACAACGCGGACCAGUGCCCCAGGGUCCAAGAGGCCUGGAGAACCUUCGAGUUCCACGACGAGGAUCCGGUGUCCAUGAUGUGGGAUCUGUGGACCAACUACACCUGUCUCCCUCUCAGCGACUUUCCCUGCAGCGGAGCGGGCUACCCGGCGUACGUGGCGGAUGUCGGCACGUCGACGCACGUCAAGGCCGCCGUCGACUUUGCUCGGGAUCACAGCGUCCGUCUGGUCGUGAAGAGCAGCGGCCACGACUAUCUAGGGCGCUCGGUGGCGCCGGGGGCUCUGUCCAUCUGGACACACCACCUCAACGGGAUCGAGUACCACGAGGGCGGUUUCAAGCUUUCCGGGUCAGGCAAGAGAAUAUGCGGCGACGCCAUCACUGCCGGGGCCGGGACGAGGAUGGUCGACCUGUACACGGUCGCCAGCCAGCACAACCGCACCGUCGUGGGCGGCGGGGCCAAGACUGUCUCGGUGGGCGGCUUCAUCACUGGAGGUGGCCACUCGAUCCUGGCGCCGCACUAUGGGCUCGCGGCAGACAGCGUGCUGCAGUUAGAGGUCGUCACGCCCGGUGGGGAGAUUCUCACGGUCAACGAAGACCAGCACCCAGACCUGUUCUGGGCGAUACGUGGUGGAGGAGGGUCGACCUUUGGGGUUGUGACUUCGGUUACGGUCAUGACACAUCCAUCCAAGAAGCUCACCAUGGUCCUGCUCAUGGCCUUCACCCUCCCCGAGGCCCCCUUUGCCAUGGAACUCGCCACCUGGGCCACAUCUCAGCUCCCUUACCUCUCCGACUCGGGCCUCUCGGGCUACCUGAUGGCCACAAUCAACUCAACACCGCCCAUCCCCCUCCCAGGCCUCCCAGAGAGGGUGGCCGGCCUGAUGGGCAAGACCAUCAUACUGGACACCCAGGACGCGGGCGAGAUCAACCAGAUAUUCGAGCCACUGAACAAGACCAUCCAGGAACGCUGGCCGGGCCAGGUCAACUUGCUGACGCUGACGCAGCCGUACGACUCCUUCAUGGACUGGUACGCCGAGAACUUUGACGAUGGCCAAGCAGGCGGCUCGGUCUAUCUCAUCUCGCGGCUCCUGGACAGGGGUGCUCUGACCGACGACCUGGACGCCCUGGCCGGCGCGCUCGAGCCGAUUCUCAUCAACGACGGCUGGUUGGGGACGUACCUGGUGGCAGGGAAGGGGGUCAACGAAGCGAAGCCCCGCGGCGGAGGGAAUGCUGUUCAUCCGGCCUGGCGGAAGGCAUACGUCCAUGCGCUCACCUGGCUAGGAUGGGGUUAUCCUCCCUUUGACGAUACCGCCGCAGGGAGGACGAGAAAAAUUCUGAACGACAGGUUCAAGGCCAUUCGCGAGCUCACCCCGAGCGGCGGUUCCUACAUGAACGAAGGCUUUCCCUUCGAGGAGAACUGGCAGCAGGCGUUCUGGGGCGAAAACUAUGAGCGGCUGCUCGGGAUCAAGCGCGAGGUCGACCCUAACGAUGUCCUGUGGUGCACACCUUGUGUGGGCAGUGAAGGGUGGGAGGAGAGGAGCGACGGUCAUCUUUGUAAGAUUCAGUAG